AUGGACGCAAGCGAGACACAGUAUCUCUUCAAAGAGACCCGCCUGAACCUCGACCCGCCGUCGCCCGCGUCCGGGGUCGGCAUUCGCGUCCCCUCAAAGGCGGCCAGCUUCAGAGGCCAGCAGAGACUGCUCGCCAACGACUCACCUGCCGAGGACGAGACGGCCUUUCGCCUCAAUAACCUCGCCACCGCCUCCUCCGUCUACCACCGCAGAUGGCACGACACCCCGCGCAGCUUCCUAUGGCGGGUCCUCGAGGACGGCCGGGUGCUGAGCAUCCGCGCCGUCGACAUCUGCAAAAAGGACAAGGCCCCCGAUGCGCCGCUGGUGCUCAACUUUAGCUUCGCCGUCCCCAUCCAGCCGGGUUGCGUGGCCUUUGCGGAUCCAGAGGAGCACGAUGCGCUCUGCGUCUUUGUCCUGGACCAGGCCUCGCAGCUCUACACCUUUACCCUGCGCCCCGAUCUGUUCAGGAAGCGGACGGCCGUCGACGCGAGCCUGUCGGAGCUUGGAAAGGUCCAGUCGCCGGCGGGCUUGGGCUUCAAGAGUCCUCACCGACUGGUGGCUGUGAAUGUGAAUCUGAUUCUGGCGACUGUCAACGACGGCGGCAUCAUUCGCUUCGACAGGACCAAGACCAACGACUCGUCCGGCGUGAUUUGGAAGGAAUCAUUCUUCAAUGUCCAGGGCUGGACCCAGAACCUCCGAAGCCUGCUGCCCUUUCAGGGCAAGCACACAAUCAAGUACGGCAAGGUCAGCAUGGAAUACAGUGCCGCAACCUCCAUUCAAGUCUCGUCCUUUGGCCUCGAAGAUGGCUUGUUUGCCAUCACCGUCUGCCUCGACCACCGCAUGCGCAUCUGGAAUGUCGAAGACGGGCAGAUUCUUCACACGGGAGACAUACUCGACGUGGAGAGGCCGCCGCAAGAGGUGGGGAAAUGGUCCAUUCACCCGUCGCAGUCGAACCUGGUUCAGCUUGUCGGGAGGAACCGGGGGCAGAGGAUUUGCGCAACCUAUUCACCCGUCGGACAGGGUGAGUUCAAGUUCUGGAAGAUUAUUGUCAAGGACUCCCAUACGGUCAUCGUCGAAGACGUCUUCCCCAAGAACACCCUUUUGCCACCAGCUCCCUCCUCGUCGGAUAUAUGGACCAUGACCGACUUUGUCUUGUCCUCGCCGGCAGAGGGCUCCAUUAACAUUUGGACUCUCUGGAAGAACAACAUGACGUACAGAGUGCAGCGCCUGGAGCUCGACCGAAAAAACAUGGAGCUCACGUGGGAGGAUAGCUGGGAGGGAGUCUUUUCCGAUGCUGGAAUUGCCACGGUCCAUGCCUCCGGCCCUUGCGAUCCGACCGACGUGACCGAAAAAUGGCUGCAGGCCAUUCUUCAGCCCGGAAGAUUCACAAAGGCAACCCUGGAAACGGCCCUCGCUAUAUACGAGCGCGGGCUCGGAACCUCCAGGGACAGCAGCAGGGGGCGAGGCCUGGCCGAGAGCAUCUGCUCGGUGUUGGGCUCCACGGCGUCCUUGGAGCGAGGCCCGUCUGGAGCCAUGGAUUAUGAACAGUUCCGCGCCUCCAACGAAACACAGUGGCGGAGAUUUUAUCGCCUCCUCAACGAACUGGAUCGACAGCGGGGAGAGGCACUCGGCCUCGCUCUCGAUCCCGAGGCUGACAUGGUGUGGGUUGUGUGUACCGACCUUCUCUCGGCAAUAACGGAGUGCAGCAGCCUGGAGCGACUAUGCCACAACUUGGUCUCGCCGGACGAGGAUCAAGUGACGCUGGCUGCUCUGGUUGGCUCUGCGUUUUCCUUUGUCGACGGAUUUUCAGACAACUAUAUUCAGCUCUGCAACGCCGCCCUGCGACGAGAAAUAUUCGAAGACUCUCCCAAGACGGACCUCGAGCGCAUCCAAUACUUCUCCGACAAGGCUGGAUUCUGGCGCGGCAUCACCGACGAGGACUGUGCGCAGAUCGUUGAAGCUCUUGGCGCAAACUUUGGUGCCGUGACGGAUAGGCUUUACAGGACUCUCUUGGACCUGGUGGCCGCCCCGCUCGAGGCGAAGCGCCGGCAGCUCCGACAUCCUUUGACCGAGUUCGGCAAGAGGCUCAUCAUGAAGGGUGUGCAGGACUGCAUCGAGCUGCAAUGGCGAUUCUGCUUCUCCCAGCUUAUCCUACUGGUUCAUAUGGAGUUCGAGUUUGAUAACGAGGAAGAAGCCCUCCAUCACCGGGUCGACGUCGGGCUCGUCUUUCGUGAGCUCGUUCACGCUCUGAGGAGGUUGGAGCUGCUGAAAUGGCUGGCGCGAACAGAGUUAUCGGUGCCGCUGUUCAGGUCAGAAAAGGGAACGCCCUCGAUGGGGUCGAAGAAGGGUGGCGAGGAGACGCAGAUUGUCACUGCUCUAGAGGCAAAUGUCGGCCAUCUCCUGGGCGUUGGCAGCGCGAGAAACGAGCCGCUCUCCCUCACCCUUACCGAACUCGUCGCAAACCUCUGCGCGCCGGAUAGCGACAUCGAGGUCUCGCCCACGCUCAUCCAGUGCUCGCUAGUCAGGCGAGAGAGGGCAGACCUAGCCCUGGACCUGGCUCCAUUCUGCGAUCAGAAUCCGUUCUCAGUCUACAUCCAGGGGCGGGUGCUUCUGGUGCUGAAAGACUUUGAAGCAGCGUCCACCAACUUUAGAAAGGCAGCCAUUGGGAUGGGCACCGAAAGCGUCCAGUCUGAUCGACACAGCUGCGGCUUGCUCGACGACACAGAGUGGAAUCUGCUCAACAGCGGGCAGGCAAGAUACUACUCUCAUAUUGCCGCGCUGUACGAAGAGCACAGGGCAUACUCAUACGUCUUAUGCUUUGCUCGGUUAGCGGUCCAGUUUCUAGGCCUGGCCAAAGGCGACGUCGACGACAUCAAGACGGACAUGCUGAGCCGGCUAUUCCACGCGGCCUUGACCACAUCGCAGUUUGAGUUGGCCCACACGAGCCUCCUCUCUAUCAAGGACGACGCCCUAAGGCAAUCCAGUCUGCGAAUGCUUGUCGACAAAAUGUGCGAUACGUACCAUAGCAUGGAGCUCGUGGCUCUGCCUUUUCCCGGCAUGCAGCAAGAGGUUGACACAAUCCUGGCUCAACGGUGCAAACGCACCAUGGACGUGAUGAACGGGUUCCCGUAUCACCAAGUGCUCUACUCGUGGAGGAUCAAGCGCAGCAAUUACCGCGGUGCGGCCUCGAUUCUCUUGGACCGCAUACAGAAGCUGAGGCACGCCGGGGAAGCAGACAAGAUCACGGGAGAGGACGUUCUCGACACGCCCGUGACACGGCAGUACCUGAUGCUCAUCAACGCGCUGAGCUGCGUGGAUCCCAAGCAGGCAUGGGUGUUUGACGAGGGCAUCCCGGGGGUCCACGACAAGGGCAACGAGGCCAGCAAGCGCAAGGUGGUGUCUCUGGCGGACGUCAGGAAGCAGUACCAGGAUGAGCUGGACAGAAUCGCUGCCAUUCAGAACAACCAGUUUGGAUUCGAGGCGGACGAUGUCAUGGACAUUGUGUGA